CAAGAGCAGUAUUGCAGGUCGAAACAAAAUGACACUUCCUUGUCCUCAAUUCAUGGAAUCCAUUUCCUUAUCCUCUCUGUGGUCGGAAACCAAGAACCCUGACUGGGUGGUGUUUUUCACUCUCUCCUCAAUUUUGGCAGCAAUUCUUUACGCAUGGAGUUGCAUGAAGCGCAGUAAAAACUCGCCGCCGCUGCCACCAGGCCCCCGCGGUCUCCCACUGCUUGGUAACCUUCUCUCCCUCGACCCACAGUUCCACUCCUACUGUGCCGCCCUAGCCAAAACCUACGGCCCAAUCUAUAAGCUCAGACUGGGCACCCGCCUUUGCGUCGUAAUAGCCUCCCCUUCCUUGGCUCGGGAGGUCCUCAAGGACCAAGACGCCACCUUCGCCAACCGCGGCGUCAAUGUCGCAGCUGGUGACGUGGCGCUCUACGGCGGUGCAGAUAUAGUUUACGCUCCGUACGGGCCGGAGUGGCGAAUGAUGAGGAAGGUGUGCGCGCUCAAGAUGCUUAGCAACACCGCCUUGGACUCGGUUCAAGAACUGCGCCACAAGCAGGUCCGGAAAGCUGUAAGCUACUUCUACAGCCGGGUCGGGUCCCCCGUCGACGUUGGGGAGCAGCUUUUCGUGGCCAUUCUCAAUCUCACGACCAACAUGUUAUGGGGCGGCACCAUGGAGGAGGAGGGGGCCGGGGUUUUGCCGGAGUUUAGGGAAUUAAUGCGGGACAUCGCCGAGCUUGCUGGGAAACCUAAUAUUUCAGAGCUUUAUCCGGGUUUGGCCCGGUUCGAUCUGCAAGGCGCAGCCAAGCAGAUGAAGGCUAUUGAGCUUAGGUUCGAUCGGAUCUUUGAGAAAGUUAUCGAGCAACGGUUGAGGAUGCAGAAACAAAGCCCCAAAGAGAGAAACGAUUUCUUGACGUUUCUAUUGCGAUCUAUAGAUGAAGGAGGAGAUGGCAAAACUCCUCUCACCAUGACACAUCUCAAAGCGAUGCUCUUGGAUAUGGUUGUGGGGAGUACUGACACAUCAUCCACCACAGUUGAGUUUGCAAUGGCUCAAAUGAUGAACAAACCAGAGGUGUUACAGAAAGCCCAGAAAGAGUUAGAAGUUGUAGUUGGGAAAGACACUAUUGUACAAGAGUCUCAUAUUCACCAACUGCCAUACUUGGAUGCUGUGAUGAAAGAAACACUGCGCUUGCACCCAGCCCUGCCUUUAUUAAUCCCACAUUGUCCAAGUGAGACAUGCACUGUGGGAGGUUAUACCAUUCCAAAGGGGGCUAGGAUUUUUGUUAAUGUGUGGGAUAUUCAUAGAGACCCUUCUAUCUGGAAAAACCCAUUAGAGUUUAAUCCAGAGAGGUUUUUGAAUUGUAAAUAUGACUACACUGGAAGUGACUUCAACUAUUUUCCAUUUGGGAGUGGAAGAAGAAUAUGUCCGGGGAUAGCAACGGCAGAGAGGCUUGUCAUGUAUUUACUUGCAUCACUGUUGCAUUCUUUUGACUGGAAACUACCACCGGGAGAGACGGAAUUGGACGUUUCAGAGAAGUUUGGGCUUGUGAUGAAGAAGAAAGUACCUAUGGUUGCCAUCCCAACGCCAAGGUUAUUGGAUUCAGAGCUUUAUCAGUAA